CAGUGAAAGACUAUAUGAUCGAUAAACGGCACUACGUGCGCGCGCGUGUUCGCUUGAGUUCUCAUUUGAAUUUGUUUCAGUUUUGUGCAAACGGUUCCACUUUAGUGACGGUUGUGGGUUUUUCGUUUUCGCCCAGGCAUGUGUGUGAGCAUGUUUAGCGGAUGAUCGAUUUGUCCGGCAUCAGGUGGUGUAUUUAGUUUGCUCUUAGCGCUUUAAAGAAAAAAAAAUCUCGUGCAGUAAAUCAACGCGUGUGAAAGAAAACGCUGCGUAAACCCCCGUUUCUCGGUGUGGUGGAGCUUCCAGAAAAGGAAAAGAAAAACAUACACAAACAAACAAACACAAAAACCAGCAGAGCUACUAUCAAACCGCGAUGCAGCUCAACAAUAUGUCCACCCAUCAGCCUAGUAGUGGUGGGCCCGACCAGCAGCACCAUCUGCUGGUGGACGCACCGACGAUCCGGCUCAUGCCCAGCACGCUCCCCGUCUCGAUACCACUCUUCCGGCUCCGGAACGUGAGCUUCCUACAGUCGCCACCGCACCCCGCACCGGAAGGAACCACUACAUUAACCACCUCAAACACCACUAACAACAACAACUACGAGUUCUACAAACCGCCCGGUACGAACGGGCUAGAGCUGCUGAACGGUAGCGACAAGGGUGCGGACGCCCAGAUCAAGCUGGAAGCCGCCGACGGUGGUGAGCUGUCGGCCGAACUGGCUGACCGCCCAGGCUCGAGCGAAACCGGCUCAAGCUACGGCAAUCAGGACUCGCGUUCGCCACCGCUGACCGUCGCGGGGUCGGCAGCUCGGCGCCAACAGCAGCCGCAGCCACGAUUAUUCCACCGGGAACUCCCGGAGGACGAGGACGAUGUAUAUGAAGGCGAGGAGGAGGAGGAGGGAAUGGAAGGGGAAGAGGAAGAGCGCACCGCGACGGGGGACGAGCCGGGCGAGGAAAGCAAUGAUGCCGCGUGCGCUGCCGAGCUGGGCGAUUCCGAACAGGACGACAACAAGCUGGCCCCGCAGGACCAGGAAAAGAUGACGCAGGCAGUCAAGAAGGUGUUCACCGAGUACAAGUGGACGCCACCGGUCGCACCGAUCAGGUCGCCGAGCACCAAAAAGAAGCAACACAUCAAGCGGCCGAUGAACGCGUUCAUGGUGUGGGCCCAGGCCGCCCGCCGCGAGAUGGCCCAGCAACAGCCGCGGCUACAGAAUUCGGAAAUCAGCAAGGAUUUGGGCAAAAUUUGGAAAAGCCUGAAGGAUGAAGCGAAGCAGCCGUUCGUCGAGCAGGCGGAAAAGCUGCGGCUGGCCCACAAAAGCCAACAUCCGUACUACAAGUACCAGCCGCGGCGCAAAAAGUCCAAGCGGUGCGUCGGUGCCGGCGCAAAGUCGGGCAAGUGCUGCGAGCUGCACUACGCCGAGCUGAACGGGCUGGCAAGCCCGCCGUCGAUGGAGGACGGUGGCUCGUCGGGCGACUCCGGCCAGUACGCCCAUCCGGACGGCCAGUGCCCGUCGACGAGUGGUGGGUUGGCGCGCGGCUCGAAGCAACAGCCGGCGGGCAAGGGGCGCAGUCGCAGCAGUGCCGUCCGGGCUGGGCUGGCUGAAGCGCCCCUUAGCGGACCGCCGGCACUACCACCACCGCCGCCGCCACCGUCAGCCACCAGCUACGAGCUGGAGCUGGCGCACGAGCGUGUGACCGGGUACGGCGCCGGUAGUGGCGGUGCUGUCCCGUACGAAGCGCCCCUUUCCGUCGAGCUGUACUCGGCCGGCGGCGCCGAUGGUGGGGAAGGCACCGGGCCCGCGCUCACCACUGCCGACUGCCACUUCCUGGAGGACGGCCAGCCCCAGAGCAGCAUGGAGAUGGCAGAGGUGCAGCAGUCGUCCACUGGCAGCAGCAGCAGCAGCAGCAGUGACGCCGCAGUGGCCGCCCAACUCCAAAGCCAGCACUCGUCGCCGUACGGAGCGCGCGACUGGACCAUCCCGAUCGGCAUUGAGUCUCGCGAGUCCGCCACCGCGAUGGAGACUGGAGGCACUGGUGGUGGUGGUGCGUACGGGCUGCACGGCAAUCGGCCGAUGUCGUCCAGCUGCAUGGCGCCCGGCUACGCCUACACCAACUAUGCCACCACGUACAUGCCGACCACGCCGGAGUACCACAGCCCCCAGACGCCACACUUCCAGCCCGGCGGCGGCGGUGGCACCGGCGGCAGCGGUAGUGGCGUUCCGUUCGAGGAGACGGGGGGACUUGCCUGCUACACCAGCCAGCCCACCCCGGCGGUGGCCCACCGGUACGCGCGCGGUGACGUCGGCGACGGCCCGUUCGCGCACCAGUACCACGUGCACCACGGUCAGCUGCACGCGGCCACCGCGACGAUCGAACCGGACGGCCGGCAGCCGAGCAGUGCGACGCCCGAGCUGGAAGAGGUAAAAAGUAUCCUACCGGUUCGCAUACCCUCAAUCACGCUUCACCAUGCCACUCCACAGCACGCGGUCGGCGCAGUUGCGGUCGUCACCAGCGGCGAGAGCGGCCUGGCGGACCGUGCGCGCGGCACCGUGCAGAUACUGAUGCCGGCGCUGUCCGCGUACGUGAGCGGUACCGGUACCGGUACCGAGGUGUACGGGCGGCACGGUUCCGACCAGCACGCCGCCCACGAGCAGCAGCAGCAGCAGCACCGUCUCACCGCGAUACAGUCGAACCGGAUGCACGGUGCGUCCGAGCCGGGCCUGUUCAACUAUGCCCUCGGCGAGAGCGGCCAACAGUACAUGCCGACAGCGAUGGGCCACCAUCAUCUGCCGUACGCCGGCGGCCAGGCGCGUAUUGACAUCCACCAGCAGUCGCCACCGCAGCACCAGCACCAGCAUCAGCAACAACCCCAGCAGCUUCAUCCGCUUGACCUGCACGAGCAGCACCAGCAGCAGCAGCAGGUGGCGCACCAUCACCAAAGCUACCACCAUAGCCAGCAGCCGCCGCAGGACCCGUACCAGUACGGCAGCUCACCGCCGGGCCAGGCUGGCCGCAUCCCGACCGGCAGCGGCGACGGACAAUUCUACUGAUUGGUCCUGUACGACACAUACAUACCCUCAUUCUACUAGGUUUUACUCGAUCUCUACUACACACGGAUGGCGGUGGGACGGUGGCCGUGCAGGACCCAAAGGAGUCAUAUGUCUAAACACUGCUUGUAACAUUGCGGACGAGGCGCCGAGUUCGAACCCGACCACCUCUAAUGGUGACACACCCCCCCCCCUCCCUCCUCCCUUAAUGUAAGGCCCGUGACUGGUGCAUAUCUGUAACGGCGAGUGUUGGGCUGCAAAGGUGUACCAGCAAAAGAAAACGUACGCAUUUCUAACUACACGGCGUGCCGGGUAGAAACGGCUACGAAAUGCUGCCAAAGCUUUCCGUUAGAGUUUCACGGCGGCAGCAGGCCGUUAGUUUACGUUCCCGUGUAAUCUAUUCGAAUAACAGCGUAAAGCGAAUCUGCGAAUCUGCGAAUCAAACAUGUUUGUAAAUCUGCAUGAAGCUAAUUGAAGUAAAUAAA